AUGAGCGAGAGCGCUCCCCCCUCCCCUCGAUGUCUGCUUGUAUCGCAAGACAACCACGGAUUUCUGUUGGUAGUGACCGGAUAUCCUUGCCCUGCACUACCGUUUCUCAAGAUGAAACAGUACAGCCCGUGGAAUAUAAACGAGAAGGAUCACACGGAAGAUCUGGCUAAGAUCAUCAACGGUGUUGCCCGGGCUUGA